AGCCUGCCUGACUUAUGCGCCAUAAUCCAAGAAUUUCUUCCUCCUCUUGCUUUCCCUCCACAUCCUAAAACCCUAACCCCAGUCCAACACAACCAAACCAAAAACCUCCCUCCCUCCCUCCCUCCUUCCCUCUCUCUAUGUCAUCUCUUCUGAGGAUGAAGACUCUCAUCUCCCCAACCUUCGCAGCGUUCUCCGCUCGCCUGUCCAGACCCACCUUCUCUCUUCCUCUCUCUUCCUCCAAUUCGUCGAUCUUCGCUCUUAAAAAUUCGAACUUUCGCAGCCUCCGGCUCAAACCAUGCUCGGGCAAGCCCGCCAUUCGCUGCCUCCAUGGGAGCCCGCAAAUGGGUGCUCCUCGCUCGCCCUCUUCCGGCGAGGUCCACGUCAUCGUGGGCCCCAUGUUCGCCGGGAAGACCACCAGCUUGCUUCGGAGGAUCGAGUUAGAGAGCAGCAGCGGGAGAAGCGUAGCUGUUAUCAAAUCAAGCAAGGAUACAAGAUAUGGAUUGGAUUCUAUCGUGACUCAUGAUGGGGUGAAAUUCCAGUGUUUGGCGUUGAAAGAUUUGUCUUCAUUUAAAGAAACAUUCGGCCUUAAUGCUUAUGAUCAGCUAGAUGUCAUUGGUAUAGAUGAAGCUCAAUUUUUUGAGGACCUUUAUGACUUUUGCCGUGAAGCUGCUGAUUGUGAUGGCAAGAUUCUAGUGGUUGCUGGGCUGGACGGUGACUAUUUGAGGAGGAGUUUUGGUUCUGUGCUCGACAUAAUUCCUUUAGCCGAUUCUGUCACCAAGUUGAGUGCCCGAUGUGAACUUUGUGGAAAACGUGCUUACUUCACCCUUAGAAAGACCGGUGAGACGCAGACAGAAGUAAUUGGUGGCGCUGAUGUAUACAUGCCCGUUUGCCGGCAGCACUAUGUAAGCGGGCAAGCGGUCAUUGAGACGACAAGAAUAGUCCUAGAAUCUCAGCCUCAGAAGGUCCAGUGUGGGUAAAACCAUAGGCUUUGGUGGGAAUUUAUUUUACCAAUUGCUCCAAAUCAGCAAUCUUAGCACUUGUAUUUUGUGAUGUCAUGCCAUGGCUAUCCAGACAGAUCUUAGUAUUGUGCCAUUGGGAUGGGUUUAUGUAAAUGGGGAAUGCUCGAUUUCAGAGGGUCCUGUCUUGUUCAUCUAUUUCAACGUUUUGAUGCUGAACUUGCCAAAGGUUCUUCUAAGAUUUUUGUAUAUAACUACGCUCGGUCCAUGUCAGAAAUCUGAUCAGCUCUAUAUAUGUUAUUUUCCUGUUUCAUGUUGACCUCAA